UAGAAUAUCCACAUUUUUUUUUUGUUAUUGCAGAAUUUGAACAUACGAAGAAAAACACAAGAACGGAGAGCGAGCGAGGCCAGACUCUAGAGUCGUUCUACUCGGUCGAUCUGCAGACUGCAGUGGAAUCAACGAAAGUAAGGAAAGAAGAGAGUAUGGUUAUAGAUUGUAGGGUUUUUUCUGUGGUGAAAAGGAUUUCAAGGCCUCUGUUACUGCCACAGCGUUACCUUUCAUCGGCGCACCGAGCUCACGAGUCAGUCUCAUACUCCACCACUGACUCAAUUGACACCUCUAGGCUCCAGAGUACCGAGAUUUUCUGGGAUGACAUUGCAACUUCACUUCACUCUUGGUCUCCUAACAAAGCCAAGCUGGUUUUAGAGCGGAAAUUAGAUAGAAUGCUGAGAGAGAAUCAGAGGGAUCAUGAUCAAUACUCCAAAUUGAUCUCUCUUUGUGGAAAGAUUCGAAUGCCCUCGCUUGGAAUGCAUGUGCUUAGUUCCAUGGAGGCUCAUGGGAUAAAUCCUACUUCUUCUGUUUUCAAUUCCCUCAUAGAAGCUUGCUUUUCUUCAGGUGAUAUGAUCACAGCCUUUAGCUUGUUUGAGAUUAUGGUGAACUCAGAGAUUUAUAAACCUGAUUCUGAAACAUACGAUACUUUCAUAUCGAACUUGGUGAAUGUCGAGGCAAUGCAAGCAUGGGUCAUGGCCAAAAAGGCUGCUGGCUUCUCUGAGAAUCUUCGGACCUACGAAUAUCUCAUCUCUGGUUGUGUUAAAGCCAAAGACUUUGACAGUGCAGAUAGAUAUUAUGAAGAAAUGAUAUCAUCGGGAAUCAUGCCUGACAUACUUCUACUGGAGAAAGUGUUAGAGGGAAUUUGCAAGAGGAAAAGUUUAAGCCGGGUCAAGGAGUUCUUGAGGAUUUUGUUAGAUGACGGAUGGGAAAUUACUGGAAAUAUGGCUGACAACCUUGUUGGGUUGUGUUCUCAACUUGGGAAAGUAGAAGAAAUGGAGGAAAUACUCGGGAUGUUGGAGGAGUCCAAUCAAGUUGGUGAAGGUUUGUUGAGGGUGCACACUGGGAUCAUAAGAAUGUAUGCCAUGUUGGAUAGAUUGGAUGAUGUCGAAUAUGCUGUUGGAAGGAUGUUGGCACUAGGGAUGUCGUUUAAGUGCCCUGAUGAUGUUGAGAAGAUAAUCUGUUCAUACUUCAGGAAGGAAGCUUAUGAUAGGCUAGACUUGUUUUUGGAGCAUAUUAAGGGCUCUUACAUGUUUGAGAGAUCUACUUAUGAUUUGUUGGUUGCUGGUUAUCGUAGGGUUGGGUUAAUGGAGAAGGUGGAUUUGGUGAUAAAGGAUAUGCAAUUUGCUGGAUUUCUGUAGCACAAUGAGUAGAGAUGCCUGCAGCCUGACUAUGUUCUCCCCUGUAGGAUUGUUCCCUAAGAAGCUGAUGUUUGCUGGAGGGAAAUCCUGGGUUCUACUAAGCCUUGAAGUUUGGGAUUGAGUUGCACUGGUGGCUAAUCAUGCGGUACAUUCAUACCCUAAACAUGUGAACAUCAAGCAGGGACGGCCAACCUUUUUCCUAAAGAUUGGGCUCCUUCUGAAAGCUUAUCUAGGCUGCAUCCGCGGUACAUUCCUUGGUGUCAAAAUUACAUUAAUUGAAGAUUGGAGAGAAUGAUAGCAACUGAUGCUUUUAUGUAAGUUCAUUCUAACUCUAAAAACUUCUCAACGAAACUUGGGCUUGGGUAUUGUUGUGGUUAUAAUACCGCAGCUA